AUGCAAAUGACGUUGCUGGGUGUCGGCCCUAGCGACUUUGAAGGUGACAUCUCUCUAGAAGUUAUAUUUGGGAGCCCAUCGCGCCCUCACGCGCGCCCUCACUCCGCAGCACCUGCCAGGCACGAGCUGGAACAAGUUGAAAGCUAUCGAACCGUCCGAGUGGGGGAGCCAACCCAGCGAAAAAGACGUCAGUACGCAUGUAAGGUUUGCUCUAUCUUACGACGCGCUUUGCACAAGCCAGCAUGGGAUACAACGUACAUUUGCCGGACGUGUUCGAACGCACACGGGGGCGGCGUUAUCUACCUCUGCCAGCGCGCCCGACAGCACGAUCCUGCCGGCCCCGUGAAUACGGCAACUUGCAGCCAGAUUUGGCAUGAUAUGUGGCGAAAUGGCACGGACACGCCUGAAGGCGUUCGCUAUCGUCGUCGAGCACCACAGGAUGGACGAGGUAGUUCUGCAGCUUCGAGUAGUGAGGCGCGUAGGGGGUCGUGA